AUGUUUCUCUCUCAUCCUUAUACACAUGAUCUUGACGUCGAGAUCAAAAUACUCAAUCAAGAGUUGGCCGGGCUGAGUCUAGAGUUAGAGCGUGAACGCACCCGAUCCGCCAGCCUCGAAGCACGACUUGGACAGGUGACCGAGUCCAAUGUUCUACUGGAGCAGGGCUUGCGUGAGUUGAAUGACGGGCUCGCAGCCUCUGGCCUCGGACAAGAGGUACAGCCGCAACUAAUGAAGAGGCGACAGGAGACAUCAGCCCACUCAGACAAACUGGCCUCUAUGAACGUCAAGCAGGAUUCGCAGACCUGUGAUCCGACCCUUAGUCGUAUUCCCUUCUCGCACGCCCUGACUUCAAAUGUCGCCGUAGAGGAUUGUUCCGAGGCCAGGCUGAUCAAAGUCGACCAGGCCGCCCGAGUAGAUGAGGCAAAACGCACUCAUAUUGACUGUCCCGCUUUGGAGAAGCUCCUUGCGGCUCUGGAUGCCCGCCAACUGGCCGAAGAUCCGGACACCGGACGAUUUAUGAAAGCGCGCAUCGACCAUUUGGAGGUAAGCCAGCUUCAAUGUCCCCUAAAGAAUGCCUUUUUAAACUUGAUUAAACUUAUAGAAAUGAGUUGA